AUGGCGAUAAAUUACACCGACGACAUCGGACCCUUGGCCUAUCCAUUAAAAAUGGUAUCAAAGGAGGUCGUAGAGCACAUGCUAGGUUGGAACAUCCCCGAGGAACAUCAGGAUCUAGUCCACGAUCACUGGAGGAACUUCCCCGCUGUCAGCAAGUAUUGGCACUUCUGCCUGGCACUCAUCUAUACCAUGUUGAUGAUCACAUCGCUCACCGGUAAUGGGAUCGUCAUUUGGAUAUUUAGCACGUCAAAGUCUCUCCGGAGCCCAAGCAACAUGUUUAUUAUCAACUUGGCCGUAUUCGACCUAAUGAUGAUGCUGGAAAUGCCACUAUUAAUCAUCAACUCCUUCUACCAACGCAUCGUGGGAUAUCAGCUAGGAUGUGACAUUUACGGGGUACUCGGUUCUCUGUCCGGCAUCGGCGGCGCUAUCACAAACGCUAUGAUUGCGUUUGAUAGAUAUAAGACAAUUUCAUGUCCCUUGGAUGGAAGAAUAAACAAAGUACAAGCUGGUAUUCUUAUUGGAUUCACGUGGUUCUGGGCUAUGCCAUUCACUGUCCUACCUGCUUUGAGAGUAUGGGGUAAAUUUGUACCUGAGGGCUUCCUAACAACUUGCUCAUUCGACUAUUUCACUGACGAUCAAGAUACGAAGGUGUUUGUGGCUUGCAUCUUUGCAUGGAGUUACUGCAUUCCCAUGACGCUCAUUUGCUAUUUCUACUCUCAGCUUUUUGGUGCUGUACGCCUUCACGAACGCAUGCUGCAUGAUCAAGCCAAGAAAAUGAACGUCAAGUCGUUAGCGUCUAAUAAGGAGGAUGCGGGCCGCAGCGUUGAGAUUAGAAUAGCCAAAGUUGCCUUCACGAUAUUCUUCCUCUUCGUCUGUUCAUGGACGCCGUAUGCGUUCGUUACCAUGACGGGUGCUUUUGGCGACAGGAAUCUUCUGACUCCAGUCGCUACAAUGGUGCCAGCUGUCUCCGCUAAGAUAGUCUCCUGUAUAGACCCCUGGGUAUAUGCGAUCAACCAUCCUAGAUACAGGGCCGAGCUCCAGAAACGUCUUCCCUGGAUGGGUGUCCGGGAACAAGACCCCGACUCAGUGUCCACCACCACGAGUGUAGCCACCGGACAGUCACAAGUUCCACAAACUGAAGCUUAG